UGCGUCAUCUAACCGCGCUCGUAGUCGUUUGCGCCUGCGCAGUGGCACGGAGCUUUGUUAUUCCAGUAUGGCGCUGAGCAAAACGUUUGGACAAAAACCGGUGAAAUUUCAGCUCGAGGAGGAUGGAGACUAUUACAUGAUCGGGUCGGAGGUGGGAAACUACCUUCGCAUGUUCAGAGGCUCCCUGUAUAAAAGGUACCCGUCAUUAUGGAGAAAACUGGCAUCGGUAGAAGAACGGAAGAAAAUCGUGGAGUCAUCACACGAUCAUGGCUACACUCAGCUGGCCACCAGCGUGACUCUGCUGAAGGCUUCAGAGGUCGAGGAGAUCCUUGAAGGGAAUGACGAGAAGUACAAAGCGGUGUCCAUCAGCACUGAGCCCCCCGCCUACCUCAGGGAACAGAAGGCAAAGAGGAACAGUCAGUGGGUUCCCACGCUGCCCAACAGUUCCCACCAUCUGGACGCCGUGCCCUGCUCCACCACCAUCAACCGCAGCCGACUGGGCCGCGACAAGAAGAGGACCUUCCCCCUGUGCUUUGAUGACCACGAUCCAGCAGUGAUCCAUGAAAACGCCACCCAGUCUGAAGUUCUUGUUCCGAUCCGCCUGGAUAUGGAGAUCGAGGGGCAGAAGCUCAGGGAUGCUUUCACCUGGAAUAUGAACGAAAAGCUCAUUUCGCCAGAGAUGUUCGCUGAGAUCCUGUGUGACGACCUGGACCUCAACCCGCUGGCCUUCGUCCCUGCCAUCGCGUCCGCCAUCCGCCAGCAGAUCGAGUCUUAUCCGACAGACAGCCUCCUGGAGGACCAGACAGACCAGAGGGUGAUCAUCAAGCUGAACAUCCAUGUUGGGAACAUCUCUCUGGUGGACCAGUUUGAGUGGGACAUGUCAGAGAGGGAGAACUCACCGGAGAAGUUCGCUCUGAAGCUUUGCUCUGAGCUCGGCCUCGGCGGGGAGUUUGUCACCACCAUCGCUUACAGCAUCCGCGGUCAGCUGAGCUGGCACCAGAGGACGUACGCCUUCAGUGAGAACCCUCUGCCCACAGUGGAGAUAGCAAUAAGAAACACAGGUGAUGCUGACCAGUGGUGCCCCCUGCUGGAGACGCUGACGGACGCAGAGAUGGAGAAGAAGAUCAGAGACCAGGACAGAAACACAAGGCGAAUGAGGCGACUGGCGAACACAGCACCUGCGUGGUAAAUGAAGCAGCAUCGGUGCCCCCUACUGGAACGGCGCUCAUACGAUUGAGGUAUGAGGCCAUCUCGGUUUGCAACAUCGGCCGUGAAGACUCUCCUCCGUCACAGGCUGGACGUUUUUGUGCUCGGCCUGGACCUCCGUCAGCUGUUCCCCGUGUUGUUGUUAUUUUUCUAUUAUUAAUAUUGAUAUUCUGUUCUGUUUGGCAAAGACCCCGGUAAGAAAUGCCCUCCUUUGUGUGUCCCUCCUGACCCUCAGCGUGGAGAAGCUGCUCUCUCACUUUGACCACUGACUGUCUGUACCUGACCACAGAGGGAGAAAACACACACCACCAGUCUCAGAUAAUAUAUUAUGUUGUAUUUGUUGUCCUUUUUUGUACAUUUUAAUAAUUCUUACAAAAUGAUAAUAAAAAAAACAGAAAGCG